AUGCCUCUGGUUCUACUUGUUUUAGGUGCUACGGAUCUCGAUUUGGAAUUUUUUACCCUUUUGGCAGACCUCAAAUCACGGAGGGACAAGCUCAUUUUGAUGGUGGGUCUUAAUGGUUCUGGCAAGACCACCAUCUUGAACAAGAUUCACUCUGAAGGAAUCUCUACUGAGAUAGUCACCCCCGGAUGUAGUGUUGAGAUGGUGAAACAUGCCUAUAUUAACAUUGCAGCCUUUGAUGUUGGGGGUGAAAACAGGAUACCUCCACUGUACAUGCAGCAUUUCCAGAACAUGAAAGGUCUUAUUUUUGUGGUAGAUAGCAACGACCAGAACCGAGUGUUGGAGGCAAGGGAUGAGUUACACAGGAUGUUGCAGGAGGAUGAACUCAAGAACGUUGUUGUGCUUGUACUGCAAUGACUGCAGAAGAGUUGAGCAAAGAGCUGGAUAUUAAGUCUCUCAGAAUCAAUCAGUGGCAUAUUUCUAGUACUUGUGCAAUCAGUGGAGAUGGCUUGCUUGAGGCUUUGCGUAAAUUUUUUCGGGCCAUUGAUUCCAUGGU